AUGCCGGACUCUUUACAGAUCGCGCUGAAGAAUGACAGUGAUCUUGAUAAUCUGCACGCUUAUAUCACCGGCAUCGCUAUACAACAAGGUGGACAAAGAUGCAUCCUCAAGGCCAAUGGGCAUGAUCUGUAUUUCCCACAGAAUCCGCCUUCAAUAGGCUCUCCAUUGGCUGAAGAUUGUGCGAUAUCUCUUGGUACCCCAGGGAACACGACCACAGUCACGAUACCCCAAAUAGCCGGAGGUCGAAUUUGGAUCGUCGAAGGCAACCUGACAUUCUUGAUCAAUCCUGGUCCAGCACUAGUGGAGCCCUCUGUCCUGAACCCAAGUGAUCCGAACGCUGGGGUGAACUUUGGAUUCGCAGAAUUCACGCUUAACAAUGAUCAGCUAUAUGCCAAUAUCAGCUACGUUGACUUUGCACCACGGAUCCCCAUUGCCAUCACACUACAGCAGGCAUCGGGUCAGAGUCAGCAUGUCGCUGGCAUGGCUCCAGAUGGUCUCGACAGGCUAGCUGACAGUCUUCGACAACAAUCCCAGAAAGAUGGACGACCUUGGGACAAGCUGGUGGUCGAUAAGGAUGGACGUAACCUCAGAAUCCUGAACGCCACCCAUGGAAACGCUGUGGGAGCAAGCUUUGACGGAUACUACGAGCCACACAUCGAGGAAGUCUGGAAUAAGUACAGCUCAGGUGCCAGCAUGAAGAUCAAUACCCAAGCCGGACCUGGUGUGCUUGAAGGCCGCAUCGGUGACAACGGCGAGCUCAAAAUAGGCGAGGAGUCCUUCAGUAAGCCCAACAGUGCAGAUGUUUUCGGGUGUAAUAGUGGACCAUUCACUACUGGCCCAUCUGCCACGCGGAAUGCUAUCAUACCACGACUAGCAGCAGCAUUCCACCGCUCCACCUUACUGGUCACCGAAGAUCAUCCAUCAGACCCAAGCACGUUCUACCCUCAGGAGCCUACCAACUUCUACGCGAAGUUUUUGCACGAGAUCAACUUGGACAAGAAAGGCUACGCUUUUGCUUACGAUGACGUGCAGCCGGAUAGUGGCGAGGAUCAAUCAGGGAAAGUAAAUGCUGGCGAUCCUGUCUUGUUUACAGUAACAGUAGGCGGAAAGAGCGCGGCUGGUGGUGCACCGCAACAACCAGCAAACCAGCAGCCCAUGCAACCUCAGACUUACGAUCGAGCGCCACCACCUCCUCCGCCGGGUCAGGAACAGCCUCAGGCGCCUCCACAAGAAGUUGGACUGAAGGGAAAGCUUUCAGGCUUCGCGAAUAAGAUGUUCAAGUGA